CUGCGACGUCAUCAGCCGGCGCCUGCGUUGUGUCAACACAAACAGAGCAGAGAGAAGCUGCUGCUGCAUAUAACGUUAUAUAUAUAUAUAUAUCAUAUUAUAUUAACGUUAUAUAUAUAUGUCUAUAUGUCUAUGGGUGGUGCAGUCUGGACGCUGACUCACUCUGAUGUUCACUUAUCGGCUCUGCAGAACUGAAUGAGCCUUCUGCCAGUGCUGUUCUGUAAGUGCUGCUGCUGCUGCCAGGAUGGGCCAGCAGCUCUCAGGUCAGGCGGUGAUGAACCAUCUGCCUGAGAAGCUGGUGAAACACGCUGGACUGGUACGUGACAGCGGCUACCUGACCUACGAGGAGUUUCUGGCGAGAGUGGCUGAACUUAACGACGUUACUGCCAGGCUCGCUGCUGGACAGCAGAAGCACCUGCUGUUUGAGGUGCAGCCAGGAUCGGAUGCCACAGCCCUGUGGAAGGUGGCAGUCAGGGUCCUCUGUACCAAGAUCAACAAGGAGAGUGGCAUGAUGGAAGCAUCACGCAUCAUGAACCUGUACCAGUUCAUCCAGCUGUACCGUGACAUCACCAGCCAGGCUGCUGAGGUGCUGUCUGCAGAGGGCGCCACCGAGGGCCCGUCUGCCCAGCUCCCUUCUACAGACUCCUGCCAGGCCAGCAUGUGGAUGGGCAGAGUGAAGCAGCUGACUGAUGAGGAGGAGUGCUGUAUCUGCAUGGACGGAAAGGCCGACCUUAUCCUGCCCUGCGCUCACAGCUUCUGUCAGAAGUGCAUUGAUAAGUGGAGUGGGCAGAGCCGAAACUGUCCGAUAUGUCGCCUGCAGGUCACCGCUGCCAAUGAAUCGUGGGUAAUGUCUGAUUUCCCCACAGAGGACGACAUAGCUGGCUACAUCCUCAACUUGGCUGAUGAGGCAGGCCACCCACACAGGCCUUAACACACACAGCACACUGAGCCAAUUAGAUGAAAUGGGAAACUGACCUGUACUAAGUAGACUUUACAUGUUGAAACACAAAAUCUCACUUUUUUCCUGAAAAGCUAACAAGGCAAAAGAAACCAGCAGGGUUUCCUUCUCCUUAUGUUCUUAGUGACAGGGUCAGAAAAUGAAACCUUGUUUCUUUUACUGUAAGUCCUAAACAUCCCAGGAUGCUCUUUGUAACCCAAGUGAUGUAGAUAGGGUGCUUUAUGGGAAUAGGAAUGCGUUGUUUAAAUUGAAAAGUCAGUAUAUGUAAUAUGCUAAAUCAUAAUCUAUUCAUUUAACACCAUAACCAAAAGUACAGGUCUUACAGUAAUUUAGGGUUAAUGUAAUCAACAUGGGAGAAGAAGAGCUGUUUUGGGAUUAACCAGGCACUUUAUAAUAGGAAUCCUUAUCCAAGGUCCAGUGUGUAACAUUUAGGCCAGUAGAUGGCAGAAAUGCAACAGAAUAUCCAGUCAGAUCUGCUUAUAUCUGUCCUUCCCUGAAAACAAUGGAUUAAGAAAUGCUUUUCUCCUUAUGAAAGUAACACCAGCCAUUGUUCGACCAAUGAGAACUAGGUCGGACAAAUAUAUCAUAUAUCAACCGACCAAUCGACCAGACGGUGUCAGCCCCAUUAGAUGGGGUGUUUUUUUGUGAGUUUCCCAGCCUCCGUAGUUUCUGCUACACGUUUGGAAGGCUGGUUUAUUUAUUCACAUGGUUGCAACUUCACCACUAGAUGCCACUAAAUCCUACACACUGGUCCUUUAAGUUGCCUUUCAUUUUAAUAUAAUGAGAGCUGAGACAAAGGAGGUGAGCCCUUGUAUCCAGAGAGGGUUGUUAAGGCUCAUAAUUCAUAACUCAUAAUAGUGAAGUUUAAAGGAAUAGUUGAACAUUUUGAAAUAUUCCCUUUAUUCACUGUUUGGGGUAGAGUUAUAUGAGAUAAGAUCAAUGCCACUUGCAUGUCCGUCUGUGAAAUGUAAGGCUACAGCCGGUUAGCUUAGCAUAGCACAAAGACUCACUAAUUAACACGUUAUUCCUUGUUUGUUUAACCAGAACCAAAACAUAUAACGUGUUAAUUUGUGAGCUUUAGAGGUGCUGUCCAGUGGAUAUUGUUAUAUUUGAACAGACCAAGGCUAGAUGUUUAUGGUCUUUUUGCUAAGCUAACAUGUUGCUGGCUGUAGCCCUCUCUUUAAAAAGACAGGUACAAGAGUGUUAGCAACCUUUUCAUAUAAUUCUUUGGCAGAAGGGUGACUGAGCUUAUUUCCUUGUGCUUCAAGUGCAAAUCUAAGACAGAGUAUCUGUCAGAGUCAAACUGUAGAACCAAAUUUAUUUUCCACCUGUAAAGCUGUUCUGUAGUCUGUGCAAUAUAACCCUGCAUGUUUAUAUCCCACAUGACAUGCCCUAUGAGCCGUGUUAUGUGAUAUCAGAAACUGACAUUGUCACUGAUAGUCUUUUGGGUGUACAGGACUAAAUAGUUUUAUAUGAUUUUAAUGACUUUGCUUGCUGUGGUGUGUUUUUUUCACUGUUGAAAAUAACCACUGUGUCAUCAAUGCUGUUCUCAUCUUUUUACUUAUAUAUAUUUUUUUAAUUUACCAUAAUUUUAUUGAGAAGUACUGUAGUUUAAACACACACACACCAAAACAACCAGUCCUGUCUUUGCUGUGCUCCGCUUCGUCUGGCCUACGACUACAGAUAACUAAUUUAUUGAGAUAGGCAGCUUUUCAGUUAAAAGCAAACUCUUGCAGAAUUAAAGAAUACCAGAAAAAAAGUAUUUCUGGUCUUAUUUUCAGAUCACAUAAAUCACAGGCAGCACGUUUAGUUGUCUGGUUGUGAUUUAUGAGCAUCCAUGCUGAAGUAUUUCAUACAAUGUGAACAUGUAAUGAGCAUUAGUGAUAAAUAUUUAUUUUACAGUUUAAAGUUAUAAUGAUAUAGAAUGCUAGUUUAUUGCUAGUCAUUUUGUAUUUCUGACAUUCAGCAAGUUAAUCAGUUUUACAUUUGAUUACAUUUAGGUUUAACUGAACAUGUUAAUUUCCUGAAAAUAUAUUUGAUUAAUGUUUAUUUAAUAUAUCAUAAACAUUCAUUUAAAUUCGACCAAAAUUAAUUCAUACGUUUUGGUUGCCCAUACAGAAAAAUCUCACUUUGAAACCUCACCGUAGCUUUCUUGGUGUUUGUGCACUACAGCAACAGAUGAUUUUAUUGUCUGAUAAAAUAUUGUCUGACACUGUAACCCUCUGACAGCAGUUGAGACCGGGCACAACCACAAAUGUGCUGUAGUAGGAAACUUUAUUACUGCUUGGUUCAUUCAAAAUUUAUAAAACAAAGUUUUAUUAUUGUUAUUAUUAAAUAAUAAAUUAUAUUUAAAUGAGAAAAUGUUCCAUAUAAUUCCAAGGUCACUUUUCAUUCUAGCUUACUUUGAAGCAUCUGAUCCUACAUAUGCACAUUGUAUGUAAAUUUACCAAAUGGAAGUAGAUGUAUUAAAAAUAAAUUGAUCCUUGCUGUAUUAUCCUUAAUAAAGAUAAACUCACUUUUUGCACUUUGA